CCCGACCGAUGUGGAAGUAUGUUUUUUAGUCUUUUGUAAGGUUCAACGCCUUGUUUUCUCCAUUUCCCCCGAGAUGAGAAGUGUCUGCGGACCAGCGUGUGAAAAUGGCAGCCAUCAUGUUACUGAGUGUCUUCUUUGUUUCAGGUGCUCUGGCUUCUUGUCCUGAACAUGCUCAGCCUCUUGUUACCACACCUCAGGAGAUGGAAGCACUGAGUGGAUCCUGUCUGCAGAUCCCAUGUAACUUCAGCAUAAAUGCAGAAGAGACAUUUGACCGUACAGGACCAACGUCCGGAUUGUGGAUUAAAUCUAAUUAUUAUUACUACUUUGGAAGUAAAGUGGUUUUCAACGGCAACAUGAUGGAAAAUAUCUAUCCUAUGAGUCUUACUGGAGACCUGAGUCAGAAAGAUUGCUCGACCCUAUUUUCCAGUGUAAUCACAAGUUACACAGGCAGCUACCUCUUUAGGAUCGACAACCGGCCAUUACGCAGAACGGAAACUUGUGAUCCUCUUCAAAUAAAAGUUAAAGAUUCUCCUCGGAGCCCCACCAUUGAGAUCCCAGGUGAUCUGAAGGAGGCCGAAUCUGUCACUGUAACCUGCUCAGCUCCAGCUCCCUGUCCACACUCCCCUCCUAAACUCACCUGGACUCUCCAACAAGACCCUCCCAACACAAUGGAGGAAAACCCAGAUCGGACCUUCACGACUAAGAUCCAGAAGACCCUCACUCUGACAGACCAACAUGAUGGAUUCAACAUCACCUGCUCUGCCAGCUAUCCUGUGAAUGAAGGGAAAGAUGUGAAGACAGCAGAGGAGACAAAGACUCUCCAUGUUUCAUACGCUCCCAAAGAUGUCACGGUGGUCGUCAGUCCGGCUGAUCCAGUGUCAGUCGGCAGCUUGGUGAAUCUGACUUGCUCCUGCAGAGGAAUCCGUGCUGCUGACGGCUUUGCCUGGCUCAUGAUGAUGAGUGAUGGCCGACUGCACACGAUGGAAGAUAACACACAGCUUUAUGUAUUUGAAGUCACCAACAGUGAUCGAGGCAGAUCAUAUUUCUGUGGGUGCAGCAAUGUCUUGGGCCUUCAACUAUCGAAAGGACGUGCGUUGAUAUUCGAAG